AUGGCCAAUCUCAGGGAGCUAAAUACAAAGGGGAUCUCGUGGAAGACUAUGAGUCAUGGUUGGAAAAAGCUACAGAAGCUUCACAAGCUCCGGGUAACCGGAUCUUCAGAUGUGGUUACGGUGGACAGUUGCUCUUUUGUAGAUAUGAUGAACUUGGAGCUUCUUGACUUAUCUGGCAACACUCACAUGGAAUCACUGCCGACGUUGUCAUCGGCAAAAACCUUGAAGAUGCUUUCUCUUGAUGGUUGUUCCAACUUGGAGCAUGUUGCACUGGCCAUGGAAGAAGCACCACCACUGCUUGAAAGCUUUAGCUUCGAUGGUUAUUGUCUCGCAGAGAAUUGGUCACAUCCUGUACAUCUACCCCAAGAGGACAUGCGCCUCAAAGAUCCUAUAGCUCCAAUUAAAAUAGCCAAGGUGACCAAGAUCUCCCUACACGGUUGUGGAAGAUUGCGAAACAUAUUCCUUCGUGGAUUGCCCAAUCUAGAGAAACUGGACCUCUCUGGUACAGCCAUUAAAUCACUUGACCUCCAUUUCACUAUAAUAGAUUUCCCGAAACUCAAGAAGCUAUUCCUACAGGGCUGUGAGCAUCUCCGUUGUCUAAGAUGGAAGUGGUGUCAGAGGUUGGAAGUUCUACAUGUGGACACGCAUGGGGAGAAAAGAUCAAUGGUCUGCUGUGAAGGACAGAGAUCAUUUAUCUUUCAGGCAUGUAUUGCAUUUUCAGAUGGAAGGUUCAUUUGGUCGGCCCUUGAUGGAAUCUAUACAUGGCUAGGAGGUCACUUCAAGUUCUACCUCCUUAUCUCUUGUACAAGCCAUAGCCAAGCCAAUAUCACCAGAAGUAUCCAAGGUAUUGGCUCUAGCCAAGAGGAUAAUUUGGUUGCAACAAGGUCGCUGUUACCAUAUGAUGAUAUCCCCCUUGCUGAAGAUGUAACUUGCUCGUCCUUAGUGUGGUACUGUCGCCAGGUUCAAACUUUCGAUCUGCAUAUCGAGAUUGGUGAAGGAAGCUACAAUUUAGGGAGUAUGGAGGGUAGUGAAAAUUUCAGAGCUUUCGUGCUCCAUGUUCAGUCAUUGCAUGUGCAUGACAAUUCCUCCAUCACUGCUUUCCCAGGAGUACAUUGGAGCAGACUAGAAUGGUGUCAUGUUGAGAGGUGCCCCAGGCUACACUCCUUGUUUUCUUCCCGGGGUGGAUAUGGUAUGAAGACGUUUUCAGCGUCGGAUCUCCUCGUGGCCUAUUGCAUCUGGCCUAGUGAUACUUAUCACCAACAGCUGCAGCACAUAUACCUCUACAAUUGCCCCAGGCUGGUGUUCGCCUUCCCCAUUUGCCGCACCUUGCCCAGCCUGGAGACCCUCCAGAUUGCGUACUGCAGUAACCUCCGGCAUGUUUUCCCAACGGACCACGAGUUCCCUGAGGAUGAGGAAAUAGCAUCUGGUGUCACAUUCCACAACCUCAAGUACAUCAAGCUACACCAUCUUCACAAGCUGGAGCAGAUAUGUGAGGCCAGAUUGACUGCACCUGCGUUGCAGACGGUCGGCAUCAGGGACUGCUGGGGUCUCAGGCGCCUUCCGGCUGUAGCGCGUGAAGGCCCAAAGCCGGUGGUGGACUGUGAGAAGGACUUGUGGGACAACCUCGAGUGGGAUGGCCUGGAUGCCGGACAUGACCCGUCGCUCUUCGAAAUGCACCACUCGGCCUACUACAAGAAAACCCUCCCAAGGGGCUCCUAUCUAAGGUAA